GAAGAACCCUAAUUUAUUGUUUGGCUUAUUUUUUUUUUUUUUGAAAAAAAAAAACAUUUUUUUUAAUUUUUCCAAAAAAAAAUUUGUCUCUAAAAAAAAUAAGUCAAACAUCCCCUUUCAACUUUGCACAUUUUUUUUAAACGACAAUCUAACCUACUCAUACACUACACUUUAAAUUCACUUAUGUUCAUGAUGAGACUUGAAUCUAAACCUAACAAUGGAAGGGGGUUUGACCAUGAUCUACUCGAAACUCGUGCAAAAUUAAUGAGUUUGGAUUAUAAUUUGUUUACUCGUUAAUGACCCGUACCCGUUAACCAUUUUAUUAAAAAGGUCGAGUAUGGAACACUAUCGAUCCGAUCCGUUUAUAACCCGUCCCGUUUAAAAUUUUAAAAUAUAUAUUUAUUAUUUAUAUAUUAUAUAUUUAUCACCCGUACAUAUUUUGUACAAGACUCAAUGAGUUCUGUUGUUUCAUUUCCACUUCCCUGAUCCUAAUAGCUGAAUUCUAGUCAAGUCCUAAUAAAAAUAAGAGAAAAUUACAUGGUUGGUCCCUAUGGUUUGCUCUUACUUGCACGCUUCGUCCCUGGAAAGAAUUUUUAACUCGGACAAUCCCUAUAACUUUAUUUCGUUACCCGCCUAGUCCUUCAGUUAACUUUCCGUCUUAUUUGGGGUUAGGAACUACUCACGUGAGUGGCACGCUGGGGGCAUUUUUGUCCUUUCAACCCUACAAUAUAUUAGCGCCAUUUAGAAUACAGACCGAUGGUUUUACGAUUCCGAUCAUCGUCAAACCAAAACACACACAAACACACACUUGUCAGACGAAUUCCCUUUCUUCUCUCAAACGAAAACCCUAGUCGCUAGCUAAAACUUUGUAUGCUUUUCCAAAUAAUCAACAAUGCCGGUUUGGAAUUUAAGUGAAGCACGAGGACGGAUGAUCAGUGAAGCAGAAGUUCGUCUUCAAUAUGGUGAUCAUCCGACCAUGUUUUGCAUGCUAUUAAACCAUGGUGGAAAGUUUACUGAUUUUCCUGGAAGGAAGUAUGUAAACGGAAAGAGACAUUACGUUGACUUAAUAGACAUCGAGACUUUCUGUGUUCACGAUAUUGAUGACAUGAUGGUGAAACUUGGGUAUAUCGAUGAAAAUCUACAUGUGGAGAUGUACUAUCAUUUUCGAAGGCCACUGUGCGAUUUGGAUUUUGGCUUGUUUGCUUUAGCUUCAGAUGAUGAUGUAAGGCAUUUAGCAAAAUAUGUUGGCCAACAUAAGCUAAUAGAGGUGUAUACAGAGCACGGGCAAACGAAAUUACACACAUACUCGAUGUCACCAAACCCAUCUAAGGUACGUAUAGUUGAGAUUGAUUGUACCCCAAAAAGAUUGUUUUUGGAAUGGCAUGAUACACAAGUUGAGCCUAAUGAUGUGUUGACAUUUGAGCCUAAUAGAAACAACCCUCCUGUUUCACCUACUAGAAAUGAGCCUUCAAUUGACAAGGUGGACAUGGUAAGUGAUAAUGCAAACAUCAUGGAAACUGAAAUUGAACAUAGUAGUGAUGAUAAUAGCAGUGGUGAUGAGAUCAACAGUGGUGAUGAUAGUGAGAGUCAAGAUGGUGACUUUCUUCUAGACGAAGACAAUAUCAUUGAUGAUGUUGAAGUUGACAUGAGAGAAUUCCACUUGAAUGUUGACCCAGAUGUUGAGUGGAUUGGAGGUGCUUCUAAAAGAAAGAAUCAUGUAAUUACAGAAGAUGGGAAUGAAGCAGACCUUGAAGUUAUAGAUAUGGAACUUUUCUUGUCCGACUCUUCAUCGGAUGAUGGGAUCGAAGGAGAAAGAAACAAAAAGAUUAAAGCUAUUAGAAGGGCGCAUGAGAACGAAAAUGCUCAAGUCAGUGAGCCUUUCUAUUUAUAUCAGAAAUUUAAUUCGUCAAAGGAGUUUAAAGAUAUGGUUAACCAACAUGCAAUAGAUACAAGAAGGGAGUUGGAUUUUGAGAAGAAUGAUAAAAACAAAGUAAGGGUUGUAUGCAGGGGAACCAUAACAAGCCUAGGUGGUGGGACCGGUCAAGAAGUAGUCAAUGAAGAAGGUAAGUGUCCUUGGGUUCUUUUAGCCAGUAAGUGGAAACGCGACAAGGAUUGGACAGUUAAAACAUAUGUUAGUGAACAUAAAUGUCUUCAAACAAGAAAGGUUAGGGCUUGUGAUUACAAGUUUCUUUCAAAGCAAAUUCUACAACUGGUGGAAGCAAACCCAAAAAUUCCAGUCAAGGCUUUAAGGGAACAACUUCAACGUAUCUACAAAGUAGAUAUUUCUAAGAUGAAAGCCUUUAGGGCAAGAGAAGCAGCCUUAAAAAUUAUCAGGGGUGAUUAUGCCACUCAGUACAAGAUCUUACAAGAUUAUUUGUUAGAAGUGCAGACUCAAAACCCAGACACCACUAUCAAGCUUGAUGUCGAAAGUGAACCAAAUCCUGAUGUUGAGACAAGAACCUUCAGACGCGUGUACGUGUGCCUUGGUGCUUUGAAGCAAGGAUUUGCAGCAGGGAAGAGGGAUUUUCUUGGGGUAGACGGGGCUUUCAUGAAAGGACCUUUCCAUGGUCAAAUUUUAUCUGUUGUGGCUUUAGAUGGGAAUAAUGGAAUAUAUCCUUUAGCAUAUGCUGUGGUUGAAGCUGAGACACUGAACUCUUGGACAUGGUUUUUAACUCACUUGGGUGAUGACCUAGGGUUGGCUUCAAAUUCAAAUUUUACAUUUAUAUCAGACAGGCAAAAGGGUUUAAGUUCUGCCAUUGCAGAUUUGUUUCCUUGUGCAGAGCACCAUUAUUGUGUUCGCCACAUACACGAAAAUAUGAGGUCACGUUGGAGAGGGGAUAAGUUUAAAGAACUGCUUUGGAAUUGUUCAACAACAUAUACUGUGCAAGAGUUUGAAAAAGAAAUGGAAGAAGUUAGAAAAUUAAACCAAGAAUGUUAUGAGUGGCUUAAACAAAUACCACCUCAACAUUGGGCACGUUCUCAUUUUACAGGGAGAGCACAUUCUGAUAUUGUGAUAAACAACAUAUGCGAGUGCUUUAAUAGCAAAAUAAUAGACGGACGUGACACACCAAUUAUCAAUUGCUUAGAGUUCAUCCGGGAGUACAUCAUGAAGAGGAUUGUGAAUGUUGAAAAAGAAAUUGACAAAGCAACAGGCCCUUUGACUCCAACAGCUACCAAGCUAUUGAAAAAGAUCAAAGAUCAGGCAGAGGAGUAUACAGCAUCAUUUUGUGGAAAUGGGAAGUACCAAGUGAGUGGACCUUGGCAAGAUCAGUGUGUAGUGAAUGUGAAUCAACGAACGUGUUCAUGCAAGAAGUGGGAAAUAACUGGAAUGCCAUGCAAACAUGCUGUAUCUGCAAUCUGGGACAUGAGGAGAAAUAAUGGUGCAAUUGGUAUUCCAGAAACCUUUGUUCAUGAAUGUUAUUGGCUAUCAACCUGGAGGAACAUGUACUCUUUCAAAGUGGAUCCGAUAAAUGGUAGAAGAUUGUGGAUUAAGUCACCUUGUCCAACUACUUUGUUGCCUCCAAAACACCAUGUCCCAAUAGGAAGACCAAAAAAGAAACGAAGGAAGUCAACUACAGAAAAAGAGGAUAUUAUCAAAGGGAAUACAGUUUCUAGAGCACAAAAAACUGUUACAUGUACCAAAUGUAACAACAAAGGACACAAUGCCAGGGCUUGCAAAGGGCAGUUACCAACUGUUGGGAAAAAGGGAAAAAAGAAGAAUGAGAAAGGAAAAGAGAAGGAUAAAGGAAAAGAGAAUGAGAAAGGAAAACAGAAGAAGAAAGGAAAAGAGAAGGAUCCAUUGUAAACUCUUUUAUCAUGUGAUGCUCUUAUUUUGGUUAAGCUAUUAUGUAAUGUGAUGUUUGUAUUGUGGUUAAACUAUUAUGUCAUGUGAUGUUUGUAUUUUGAUUAAACUGUAUUGUGUUUAGUAUCACCAAAACAAUUGCAGUUGGUACUUAGACAUUUGUUUUUGGUUAAACUCUUAUGUAAUGCUUUUGUUUUAAUGUUAUCUAAUGGAUCAAUUAUUGGUAUGUUUU